AUGGAUACACUACUGAUGAGUCCUGGCUGCGACUGCGUGCUGGAUCCCGAAAUUUUUCAGCGAGUGUGCAAUGGCUUACUAAAAAGAGGACGUCUCACUGUCGAAACAUUUUGGAUGCCUGGUAUGGGAUCUCGCGACCUGAACCGCCAAUCCUUCCCCUCAUCAGAGGGAGGUGUAAUUGAUUUUUUCCGGCUAUAUUGCAUGCUAGGAAGCUGGGAAGAAGCAGAACGAAUUCUUGACGCGGUGGACAGGCGCAAUGACCCAAGCACGAUCGAUAAUCUGUCCACUCUAUUGGUCUUUGUGGCAUACGGCAUCCGUUAUCCUGUGGGAACAAGAAAUGAAUCCAAAAAGGGAGUGGAAAUUUUUCUGCGGCUUCUGGACAACGGGGCAGAUCCAAACCGCAUGAUCGUGAACACUGAUCGGGAAGAGAUCUGGCUCUUUCCCUACAUUGCUUCGUCACUAGGUCAUUGCGCACCCAGAAGCCUGAUCAAUGCGAUCAUCGACGCGAAUUCAAAAUCCAAUUUUAUCAGUCCUCCAAAAGGUGUGCCGACGACAUUGUGGACUCACCACGCUUGGCUGAGGCGGUUCCAGAAAAAAGUUGCAUAUAUGUUCGCUGCGAUUCAUCCAUUAGGCCACUUCCAAGGUUAUAUCCCAUAA